AUGGAAAUUCCAUCAUACAUAUAUUUCAUAACGUCGUUUUGUAACGCCGUCAUAUUUAUUGUCGGGAUUGCUGGUAAUAUUUUAGUGAUUGUAGUAAUAAUUAAAGUGAGGAAUAUGCGGACACCAACAAAUGUGUACUUGCUUAAUUUAAGUGCAGCUGAUGUUUUAGUGUUGCUUGUUUGUCAACCGGCAGCUCUCUUGGAAUUCUUUGGAAAAGACAGAUGGUUUCUUGGAGAAGUCAUGUGUAAAUUGGUUCCGAUGAUGGAGAACGGAGUAGUACAUGUCUCGGUACUGACGAUGUUGGCUGUAACCUUUGAACGUUAUCAAGCUUUAUGCCACCCUUUAAAGAACCGAAUAAAAUCAGUGACAAUUUGUGCUACGGUCAAGGUCAUUGCAUUUAUCUGGCUGGUAGGAAUAGUUUUAUCUUUACCACUGUUGGGCAUGACCCAAUAUGAAGAUGCUUUGUUUUAUGACGGAUCUCCAAUCAAAGUUUGUCGGACAAAGGUUAACAAAACUUGGCACUACGGUUACACAAUAACCAUAUUUUGUGUGUUCUUUGUAGUCCCUUUGUUUGUUUUGAUUACUCUUUACACAUGUAUAAUCAGAAAACUGAUGUCGGACCAGUUACAUUCUUUAGCACACAAUGAUCAGACAGCUGUGAAAACAAUCAAAUCAAGGAAACAGGUGAUUCAAAUGUUAAUAUUAAUAAUCGUGUUGUUUUUCGUAUCACUUUUCCCGAUACGAGUAUUUUCUCUGUGGCGAGUCUUUGCACCGAAGACGGAUCUAAUAAAGCUUGGCCUGGAGGCAUAUCUUAAUCUCGUUUGUUGGGUCCGAAUCCUGAUGUAUAUGAACAGUACGGGAAAUCCUAUUAUUUAUAGUUUAACAUCGACAAAGUUCAAAGCUGCCUUCACAGCGAUACUCGGCUGCCACAGCAACAGAAAUGUUCAAGGGAGCGUUACAUAUAGGCAAUGAUAACCGCAACAACGGCAGGUAUCGCAACAUGUAAUAUCUACAUCAUAUGUUUAGAAAAUUCAAAGUAAGCAUCGUGUAGCUCAUGCAAAUGACGAUUAUUGCAAUUACUUCGGUAAAUUUAGCCAUUUAUUGUAGCAAGGCACUAAUUUAUGUUAAUUGCAAAAUAACUCAUUUCUCUGUAAAUGCCUUUAAUA